UUUUGGCCGUUGAGGUUAGUCAUCCGUGAAGAAUGAUGAUGAUGUGGCGUGCUUGCCUUGUCGCGCUGGGGGCGCUGGCAGUGCUGGGAGGUGUGCGUGCUGAGAAGCAGGAGCUGAUUCGCGAGGUGGUCGAGGUGGUCGAGUCUUGCGAGACGCGGGUGCAAAAGGGUGAUGAGGUGGCUGUCGUGCACGUUGGCUACUACAAUGGCCAGCAGAUUGAUGGCGUGCCCCGUGAUGAGAAUGGCAAUGCCGAGCCUUUGCGUUUCAAAAUUGGCAAUGGCGAGAUUAUUGAAGGCAUGGAAGUUGGCCUCUUGGACACAUGCUUGGGCGAGAAGGUGCGCUUGACCAUUCCUCCACACAUGGCCUUUGAUGACGGCCGCAAGCAGUUCCGCCACAAGCCCGUGCCUAGCAAGGCCACCGUCAUCUACGAGAUUGAAGUUGUUGGCAUUGACCGUCCCGGUACACUCAAGCACACGACCAAGGUAUUGUACGAGUCGAUGGGUGACCUGGUCUCCGUGGGCCUGGUGGUGCUGAUGGUUGGAGGCGCCGUGUACGUGGCCUCGCGCAACGGCAAUGGCAACAAGAAGCGCACCAACCGCAAGAAGCGCAACUAAGAUGGCUGAUACCCAAAGGGAGAAGGCCAUGCCCCUC